AUGCUGUGGCUUAGAGUUGCAUUCUUAGCUGGGUUGGGUGAAGCCUUGGCGAUAACCAAGAGCCGUUCACUGAUCUCGCUAGAAGGAUGUCUUAAAAGAUUACCUCAUGGCCAGUCUGUUGGAAGCGUUGCCAACGUAACAAUCACAAGCGGCGGGUUGUUGCGCUACUUUCUCAUCUCUAUACCACCAACCUACCAUGCAGAGGCUCCAACGCCUGCCAUCUUGUCUUACCAUGGUGGUGUCCGGACCGCCGAGGACCAACUACAAUUAGAUCAGAUGACGAAUCCGGAAUUUAACACGAACUCGUUUGUAAUUUAUCCUCAAGGUGUCAAUAACACAUGGCAAGGCGUUCCAAACAUCACCAUAAACGAUGUUCAAUUCACCACAGAUAUCCUCAACCAUGUCCAAAGCCAAUAUUGUAUUGACUCUGCCCGUAUCUUUGCAACUGGAAAGUCGGACGGCGCCGGGUUUUGCAAUGUCUUGGCCUGCGACCCAGUAAUGUCUCACCGCAUAGCUGCGUUUGCCCCAGUUUCUGGCGCUUUCUACAUCGAUACGCUGCCUUGUGCACCCAACGAUGUGCCCAUCCCGUGUCACUCUAGCAGAAACAACAUUCCAUUUCUCGAGUUUCAUGGUGGCAACGACUCGACGAUCAAAUAUCAGGGCGGGGAGCGCAAGAAAGAAUGUCUUCCAUCGAUUCCGCAUUUCAUUCAACAAUGGGCUGUAAGAGACAGACUUGGCCUGCACAAUGUCACAACGCAAAUCUCGUCAAACACUGUGUCUUACAAAUUUGGAACUGGAGUCAAUUUUGGAUUGGUGGAACAUGUAUACGAUGCAGUUAUCGGACACGAUUGGCCUAGUACUGCACCAAAUGCGGAUAACCAAGUAGUUGGACAUCAUCUUGCAAGUUUCAACGCUACUCCGAUCAUUUUGGAUUUCUUUAAACAACACCCUUUGAGCUUUUGGGAUAUUAUUUCUGAAAUAUAA